AUGCCUGAACUACGACCACGAAAAACCCACACCGAUAGACCUAGCGGCAGUCUUAGACCCGUUCGCGGGUGUCGGAUCCAACCCACUGCAUUGAGCACUUAUGGCGAGAGUCGUCUACUAUCUACUAGGUCUACUGUACCUGAAGACCAAAGACAUUGGAAAAAAUCGCAGAAACAUAAAGGAUGGGUAGAAAAUCCUGAGACUGAAGAUGAGGAUGAAGGAGAAAGUGAAGGAGUCGGAGAAGGAGAAGGACAAGGUACUUCUGCGAAUAAGAAAAAGUUCAAAUACACUGUGUAUCAUGAUACAGAUAUGCGAGGUACAGUAAAAUCAAAUCAUUUCCAUUCCGAGGGUAUAUGUAUGAACGCUGGUUUCCUCUGUACAGAACCAGGCGAAUCUUCAGACGAAACGCAAUAUCAGACACAACCCAAUGGGGAGAACGCAAGUCAGAGGCCUAUGUCAAGUGGUUGUGAAUCUCACUAUAUUGCCGGAGUACAUCAAGUUGAUCGGCUAGAGACAUGGAAAGACGGUAGAACUCCCGAAGAAAUCAGAAGCAUCGAACAGUUCAUCAGAGCAACUUGUGAAUGGGAUAAAAAUCUGUACAAAGGUAUUGUCGACGAUGACCCUGAUACGAAUGAUAAUUCCGGCACGAUUGAUGAUCCCGUCAAGACUCCAGAUCCAGAAGCGCUUGACAAGGCAAAGAAGAUGACAACGACUAGGACCAAGAAGACUGAUGAGACUGAUAAGACUGAUAGGAGUGUGACCUUCAGAAACAAACAUGAUUUGGAAAGUAUUUUUCCGCAUUGUAGGAUGGCAGAUUGUCCAAAUUCCAAACAAGGUCAAGAGAGCAAUGAGUAUUUUGAUCCGUAUAGUGAUAAACAAAAGAAAGUCAUUCGAAGUAUAGUAACGAACUUUGCUCAAACAGGGAGUAUGGUAUGUGGGGAACAUGAAAUAGACGAACUUCAAGAUUUACCUAUUACGAGGAUGAUGUCCGAUAUCAAACCUUCAAGAUGCAAUCAUCGAAUUAAGGAACGACUAUGGGAAUUAUCUGAAAAAGAAAAAUCGGAGUUCACAUAUUUGAAAGAUGGGUCAAGAUUAUGUUCUACGCCAACGAUCAUCUGGGAAGUUCAACGCAAGAAUCGAAGUAAGGAACUGACUUAUCUUUGGGCGAUUGACGAUAUCACUUUGUCAGGUGAUAUCUUACCGGGCUCAAUCAGAUAUCCAUGUUCAGCUAUUCAUUGUGUUGACGAAGCAAAUGCUGCAUGA